UUCCAAUGUCGGAGAUGACAUCAAGUCCUUCCCUUGGUCUCACGGCCUACACAGCCUCCACGCUAAGUAAAAGAGGAGACCACAAUGAGUACAAGUUUGAGAUCGGCCGUUUGCUGUCCUUUAAGACCUGGCCGUCUGUUGCAUCUAGUGCUCACCCUACACGCCUCGCGAGAGCAGGGUUCUAUUAUAUGGGAAGAGGGGAAGAAGUGCGCUGUUAUAGCUGUAAUGUAGUGAUAAAAGUCUGGGAAUUCGGAGACAAUCCUUUUAAGAAACACUCAGCGCUUUCUCCUCAUUGUUUACAUAUACUUGGACAAGAUGAAAACAACGUUCCGAUUAUUGCACCGACCGAUGACAAAACGACUCCAUCCACGCAGCAGAUACGCGCAGUAGCAGAUCCACCAGGCAGCAGGCGGCCAUUGUCUUCUCUAUCGCUGUCCACAACACAAUCCCGAUCUCAACUGGAUGAGCCAGACAACGCCACCGCGGCUGCUACAUGUAUCAAUACUACGCCAAUAAGUAGACAGUCUCCAAGUCCAGUUCCUCUCCAGAGUCAUCUUAACUAUCAAAACAGCUCUCCUGCUGAUUCUAUGCGAGACGAACUUACAAGACUGGCGACUUUUCAAAGUUUUCCCACCACGUGCCCUGUUAGACCGGCAGAUCUCGCUAGAGCCGGCUUCUUCUACGUGGAUGUUGACGACAUGGUGAAGUGUGCCUUCUGUGACGGAAUGAUCAGAAACUGGGAGAGAGGUGACCGCGCCUUUGACGAACACGCGAGACACUUCCCUAAUUGUGCUUUUGUGAAACAUUUUUCGAAGUUAGAUAGCCAUUCCAAUAUUGACCGAAGUGAUAAAGAAGUAUAUGCAAAAAGAUGCCAUUUCAAUCUUAAAUCUUGCGUUUUUGUUGGCCCUGAAAGAGACUCAGUUAACUCAAAUGUUGGCUAUUUUCACACCCCGCAGCGUGACCCCAGUGUUAAUGAGUGCCGCUAA